UCGUAUCGAAAGGUAUUUCAACUUGUAUUUAAUGGAAGUUAUGCCCCUUGUUUAUAAAUUUUUUUGUCAAAGUUUUGAUAAAUAAUGAACGACUUAAAUACUCGCGUUCCUAAAUUUCGAAAAUCCCCGUUCAACAAAAAGAUACAUAAUUACAAUAGAGAGAUUUCGAACGAUUUUACUCGUUCACUUAUACAGUAAUUCGGCCCCAGUUUUCAUUGGGGCCGAAAAAUGUUGGCUCUCCACAACAAAAACUAAAAUUUGUCGUUGACACGGAUAUAAAAUCAAAUAAGAAUACGAUCACUUUACCAGUGGUUGAUGUUGCAGACGAAUUCGAUCUAUUAAAUGUCGAUAAUGUCGGCGGGGAAUCUAGUAAUUCUCAAGAGUUCUGCGGCUUUAAUGAUAAUGCAGAUUGUACCCAAAAUAAAGAAAUUGGUCUGGAUGCAGAUGCUAACACUAAACCUGAAUUGCCUCGGCGUCAUUCCGAUGAUAUGGAUAUAGAUGAAACACUUAGGGAUCAGCAUGAACCAAAAAUGUUUCAAAACGCCACAAACAUUCAUGCACAAGAUUCCUCCAAUUUUAUUACUAAUGAGGAAAUGGACUUAAACGGGAAAGCAUCGUUGAAAAUUGGGCAUAUUAUUGAUACAGUUGAUUUAACAUCGUCAGCAGGCAGUUCACCAGUGCACCGUUUUGACUAUAAUGAUGGCGAAGGAGAGGAUAACGAUGUCAGGGAGAAAUCGCCAAUGGUAACAAAUACAAUUGUGCCUUCAACAAAUAUUUUGUUAGAAUGUCUACAAAGAGAGACCACUGUAAUACAAAACACCCAACAAUUGACACAACAAACACAGCAUAACACAGCACUGCCUCCAUUACAACCUAAACCUAUGGUAGCAACUAAAUCAUCAGUUUCUCUUAAAUAUCCCCAGUUGGCUGAGCGUUUAUUGGCUAACGGUUCAUCAGUUGGCUGUAUGGAUGUAGGACCAUCUAGUGCAAAGAAAGACUCCGUCGAAAAUAUCAUAGACUCCAUAGAAAUUCUUGACACUCCGGAAGGGAGUCCUCGUGGUUUCAUAGACGACAGACAUGAAAAUGAUACUAUCUUUAACGAAAACCUACAAACACUAAAUGGUCUAAAUGUUUCAGAGGAAAACCGUUUACUGAGCCUUAAUAACAACAGUUUAAAUUUGAAACGACCUGUUUCGCAGGAAUGUCAUGUUUCAGAGACUAUAUGUACAGCAAUGUCGGAAAAGACAAUAGAAACACCCUCUAAAUUGCGCAAAAUACAAAAUGAAAGCGAACAGCUAAAUACAAAAAAUAAUGCCUUACAACAAUAUCUUCCAACAGGAUACCAAAAUCAUCAGCGGUUGCGUAAACAAAAACAUGAACAUUUGUUACCUAUACCUAUGGACGAAGUAACAGAUGCCAUUCAAACAAAUUCGAACGAUAGUUUAGACCUUCAAAUUAAUAUUGACUCGAAUGAAAAUUCUACUCCAAUUGUAAAAAAAAGGGGAAGACCUAAAAAAUCGGAAAUCAAUUUAACCUCAGAAAAUGCCAAAGAAGAACAUACAAUAAAUUCAGACAAUAGACAGGAUUGCAAAGCACGCAGAGUUCAAUUGUUACGAAAAAGACUAGCAAUUGACAUGGUCGAUGCGGAGCAACCAGUUGCUCUUAUUACCGACAUUGCAACAUCGGGAGGCCCAGAAGAUAACAAAAGUGAACAGAAUAUUAUAGAAACACCUAAAAGAGAACGAAAUUUACGAACUCCCCUGAGAACAUCGAGAAGAAGUAACACGCCAAUAAACUUUCAAAGUGAGCUUAAAACAUCAAAAAGUAAGCCUUUAUCGUCAUUGUCAUUGGAAAACAAGAAAACAUCAAACGAUACAGGUUCUGAAAAUGAACUCAAUCACUUCCACGAAUCGAAUUCGUCUAUAUCGUCUGUCAGCUUUCAUAGUUCAUCAACAAUUCAAAAUAUUACAAACAUUGCAAAUAGUGUUAGUCAUUCAAUGACUUCCCAAAUUGAUUUGACUAUAUCUUCAUCAUCAAGCAAUAGCAAUGGGAGCACAACGAACACAAUUACCACUGUAGAAGCUACAUCGAGAAACGAUGGCCCCGUCUUUGUUAUUCCUGAUUGUAGUGUUAAUGGUGCAAAUAUUGGAAGUAAUAGUCAUAAUUCAAUGUUGCCACCCACAACAAUUUUAUCGUCGUCAGAUCCUUUACCGGAUAUGAUAUUCAAACCGAACGAUUUCUCUUCUAUAAUAGCUACACAGCAAUUAAGGGUCUCCAAUUUUUCAACUGUUUAUAAACCUGGAUCAGUUGCAUCACAAGAAGAAGAAACGGCGGACGAUGUUAGUGGAGCAGAUAACUCUGAAGAUGACUCAGCCAGUUCUUCUUCUAUGCCUGCAAUACCAGGCCGUAGCCGUGGACGUGUUCGGGGAUCCCGCGGAAGGAGUAUUGGUCGUGGUCAACGAAGUCAUGGUAUUAGUCGUGAUAGUUUAAGUGUAAAAUCUAUAGCUAUGAAUCGGCCACGUUGCAUAGGAGCCCUUAAGCAUACCCCUGAUCCUGAGAGGAUUAAAGAACUCUUCAGUCCGUCUCCUCAAGUUUUUGAAGAAGACACCCGUAUGAGCGCCGAUUUGUCUCAAACCAGUUUACAACAACAAUCUCCUUCUUAUUCAAGCCAACCUGAUUUUUUUACCAAUGAGGAGUCCCAGUCGUCCAUUAUCAGCAAUACGAGCAUUAUAGACCCGAAUAGCACGGCAUCAGCUCAAAAUAGUGCAUCCGCCAAGAAAACAACGAAAAAAAAGAAAAUGGAAGUUUGCGUUGCUGAAGACACCGACUUCACAGUUGCAUCUAUAGCAGAAUAUGAUUGGCCGCCACCGAAAGGUUGUUGUCCCUCAAAAAAUCGAGAUACCUUUAUGAUACAAGAACAGGUUGCAAUGUACUUGGGAAUUAAAAGCUUCAAGAGAAAAUAUCCCGAUUUACCCCGCCGUCAAGUAGAUAUGGAAGAGAGAAAUUGGUUGCAAGAAAAAGGGCUGGUGUCUGAAAAAAUGUGUGAUUUAGGAAUCACGGCCGUAUGGGCUUCCGACAUUUUGGACAUAAUGUAUACAGAUUUCUAUGAAAAGUACGAGGAGUAUAAGGACUUUGUACGGCAAAAACAUUUGCGUGAAAUAGAGGCUAAACAGAAAUCACUUGGACUCAAUGUGGCUGGAAGAGGUUUACAAGCUCGCGAAAGAGCCAUGUUAUCUACUAGCAAAUGGAACUCAUACUUUAACAGAACGCGCAAAGACGAACGAUUGUCAUUCCUCGAUCUUCAAACGCUGGUCAUUAACAAACCCUGCCCAUCUACAGCCCCUUUAUCUACUAUACCCAACCGUCCAGUUGCUGAAGCAGUUGCGUUAGCUAUAAAAACGGAGCGCAUUUCUCAACCUCCGACUUUGCUUAAACCUCGGAUUUGGGAACCAUCAAGGCCAAGAGAUAUUUAUUACCCGUUAUCUCUCGUUCCAGGCCAAUUUUGUGAGAAAUAUCACGACUAUUCAUCUGAUGAAUUACGAUGUAUGCCACUCAAUACGGUUGUAGACCCUAUUGUUCAAAUGUGGUCCUGCAAAGACUGUGGUAAUAACAGCUCUGACACAGAUUCGGCUAUAGAGAGUAUUGAUAACAAGACUGAGAUAGAUAAAUCAUUGCCGGGCAGACGACACAAAAAACGUCGCCUACGGCGAACACGACAACCUGGAAAUAUGAGUGCUGAUGAAUUUAAGGUACCGCUGCUCCCUGGUGCACCAGUGAUAUCGACAAGUUCGACAGAUUCUUGUUCCUCGAGUGAUACGUCUUCAUCGGAGACAGAUUCCGAAUCGUCGUGUUCUUCAUCGUCCUCUGAUGAAUCAUCCAACGGUGAAGAAUCAUUGGCAACGUGUGAAGUCUGUUUACGUCCACAUAAUCGUAAUCUCAAUAAUGUGCCCGAAUUAUUUCUACAAUGUUAUACUUGUAGACGAAGAGUUCACCCCAGCUGCAUUGAAAUGCCACAUCGCAUGAGUUUACGCGUUCGAAAUUACAAUUGGCAAUGCGCCGAUUGUAAAUGCUGUGUGAAGUGCAAACGUCGACAUGAUCAAAAUAAAAUGUUGUUCUGCGAACAAUGUGACAGAGGUUUUCACAUAUAUUGUCUUGGAAUUAAGACCGUUCCUGACGGUCGUUGGAGCUGUAACCGUUGUAGUAUUUGUAUGCGUUGCGGGGCAACGACACCAGAGGGCUUAUCUCACAUGCAUCAGCUAAUAAAUACGGCGCAGGGAGAACAUGUGAAACAAACUAAGCAAAAGAAGGCCAAGUGGGUUAAUGAAUAUCGUUUGGAUCACUUAACUAAGAUAAAGGAACAUUGUUCUAUGUUAUGCAUUCCUUGUGGAAAAAUGAAAAAUUCCAAACGCGCGCAAAAUGUAGCACACAAUAACGCUACGACAAAAGCAACAUCGCCGUGCUCCCUUAGUGAAUCUAGUUCUAACAGCUUUAUCAAUUACCCCCCACCUUCAGCCAUCUCAUCACAAAAACUUUUGCCUUCUCCAAAUGCAACAUCAAAUGGCGAAUUAAUGCACAGUAGCACUGUAAAGGAAAGUAGCGGUCAUGCUGCGCCUUCGACUUCCAUACCAACUGAAGAUUCGUACUUCUCGGAUAAUAAAGAUUCUGAAAGGUACUCGCCCGUACCAAGCAGUUUUACGUCAUCUAUAAUAGCUGCAAGCAAUACACAAAUGACAACUACGCACAACGCAACUGGCGGCCCUCCUCCUGUGGUUGCCUGAGUAGGGGUAAUACGUUUUUGUCCAAAGCUGCAACCACCGCCACAAACGCCUUUUUUAAAUAUACCGAAUUUAUAGCAGUUGUAAACAAAGUAAACUCUACUGGCUGCUAAAUACAUUUGGAAAUAUCAGGAGGUAGUUUUAUUUUAAAUUUAUUCGUAUGUUUCUUUUUCUCCAUAAAAUAAUUUAAUCUGCAUUUUUUACUCGUAUUGUAUGGCUUACUUCACAAAGUAGAAACUGACAUUCUAACCAAAGGUGUAAACAAAUGUUUUCAUUUAUAAUUUACCAGGAUGUUGGAAAUGGCUAAAAGAUACAAUAUGAUAAUAAACAUAUUUUAACAUGAUAAAAAUUAAGAAAUUAGAGAUGUAUCCCUUCUAUAAUUUUAAAUUUAUUUUACGUCUCAAGCAUUUGCCUGAUCGAGAUUACAAACACGUAGUCUCUUUUGAUGUUUGAUUCUUUAAGUAAGGCAUCCGAAAUUUAUUUUUAUAAAUACAUCAUCUUUCAAUAGAUAAUUUUUAAAUAGAUAUUUAUAAAUUGUUUAAUUAAACUUUAUUUCUAAUCAUUUCACGUAUUAUUUUUUGUUUCGUCUAAUUUAAUUUUUUACUCUAAGGUUAAUAUAUAUACAUAAUUAAGAAAACCGUGUGGCUUGUGUUUUGUCAAUUGAAUGUGUUAAUACUGUCCACAAAAAUUACUGUUCAAGAUGCCGCUUUCUUUCUUUUCUUAUUUUCAGCGUCACGUCAUUUGGCCGUUUAUUUCAUUUAAGCAGGCCAUUGCUUUUUUCGUAUCAUCAUUCUCUUCGUAGCAUAAAGAUCGAAAUGAAGGAAUAAAUAGAGGUGCAUUACACUCAUCACCUUUUAAACACGUCAAAUUCGGUGUUAUUUAAACUCAAAAUUUGCCCUAAAUCAUCCAUCCUUAAACAGUUAUCGAAAAUUCGAAUGAGAAGAAUUUUGAUUAAAAGUUAUUUUUGGCAGCAUUUUCUUUUUGAAUUAAUCCCAAAAAACGCAAUAACUUCUGUUAUUUGGAUAUAAGAAAAUUCUAUUUCAAUAGACCAUAACAUUAUAGAUUUAUAAUUUUUAUUUUUCAAAUAAUAACAAAUACUGUAUUUAUUGACGCAAUCCAUAUGUAAACACACCAAAAGUGAAAACCUUUAAAAAACUAUACUUAUGAAAGAAGGAAAAACAUUUAUAUUACUGAAUGUACUAAAUAUUUGUAAAAUAAAAUGUUCCUUAGCAUAGGACACAAUUCAAACGAUAGACUAAUAAAAAAGAAACAAUUUAUGCAAUGAAGUAAA